UCAGCCCCAUAAGAUCAAGAUGCAUAUCAGAUGUGCCACCACCUCAGACCUUAUGAACAUGCAACAUUGCAACCUUCUCUGUUUGCCAGAAAACUAUCAGAUGAAGUAUUACUUUUACCACGGACUGAGCUGGCCUCAGUUGAGUUACGUGGCAGUGGAUGAAAGUGGUAAAAUAUGCGGUUACGUGCUCGCCAAAAUGGAAGAAGAGCCAGAUGAUAUCCCCCACGGUCACAUAACCUCACUGGCAGUGAAGCGCUCUAACCGGAGACUGGGUCUAGCUAAAAAGCUGAUGGACCAAGCAUCUCGGGCUAUGGUGGAGAACUUUGGGGCCAAAUAUGUGUCUCUCCAUGUGAGAAAAAGUAACAGAGCUGCUCUGGCUUUGUACAAAACUGUGUUGAAGUUUGCGGUGGACGACAUUGAGCCUAAGUACUAUGCAGACGGUGAAGAUGCCUACGCUAUGAAGAAAGAUCUAGGCAACCUCCUAGAACAGGUUGAAACAACGAGAGAACAUCUGCGGUGCCUGGGAAAGCGCUCACACAAGAACGCGCUCGAACAAAGAACCCCAAUCAAAGAAAACGGCAAGCUUCACAUCGACACCAGUAAAGAGGAGGAAGAGUUUGAAAAGAAAAUCGGAGAACUGAACUUAUCGAACGUUGAUCCCAACAUCUGUGACAAUCUUUGUCCGGGAAAAUAGCUUCAAAGUUUAUCUUAAUAUAUGUGAUGCACAUGAUAUGUUGGAGUGAGCUCAUGGUAGCAUAUUUGAGAGGAGUAAGAAAUGCCAUGGUUACACGCACAUUUUAACACAAGGAAGUUCAG